AUGAUUAUUGAUGCCAUUCAUUACUCGAAACGGAAAUGGGAUAUGUUCCCGGUUCACAGCACAUACUCUAGUGGCUGGGUCAAUAUAGUCAAAGAAGGUCAUAAGAUUAAGGUUAAUGGCUCUUCCUUUAUCCAUUUAUUGAAAUGUGAAGUGGGUUAUGGGGACUGUGCUAGAUUUUGGAUAGACGAUUGGGUUCCAAAUGGCGUGUUGAAAGACAGGUUCCCAGCGCUGUUCAAGUUAGAGACUGUCAAACGGUGUACAGUGGGCGAUAGAAUGAAGAAGGGUGAUCAAGUGAUUGUAGCUUCUUGGUCUUGGAAGAAGCCUUUUUCUACGGCUGAGGAGAUGGUUCAGUUUCAGGCCCUAAUGUCUGUUGUGCAGCAGACACAUAUCAAGAUGGGCGCAGACGUGUGGAGGUGGGACGACGAUCCUGGUGGGUCGUUUUCGGCUGCGGCGGUCAGGAAGUGGCUCGCGGCUUCACGCCCAGGUGUAAGUAAUCCAAAACUUGAUUGGUGUAAAUGGGUGCCCAUUAAAUGUAACAUUUUUAUGUGGCGUCUUAUGUUGAAGCGGAUUCCCACCAAGUUGGCGUUAUUGAGAAGGAAUAUUAACGUUGAAAAUACUACUUGUGUGUUAUGUGGGGAUGGUGAGGAUGAGGUAGACCAUAUCUUUACAGAUUGUGCAUUUUCGAUGAGCGUGUGGAAUGGCGUGUUAAGAUGGCUUGGGCUGCCAAACUAUUUUGCUUUCAGUGUGAGCGAUAUUCUGGAUAUUCACAAGGUGGAUGGGAUAUCGGCUACGCGCAAACAUAUUAUUAAAGGUAUGGUUAUGGUUUGUUGUUGGUGUAUUUGGAGAGCUAGGAAUGAUUGUAUUUUCAACCAAAAGAGGAGCAAUGUUGUGGAGGUUGUGGCUGAGAUUAAAGCCUUUGGAUUUCUUUGGUUUUCGAAUAGGCAUAAAAAUUUUGUUAAGGAUUGGAAAGGUUGGUCUAGUGUAAUGUUAUUGUAA